GUCCCUGCAAAUCUUGGGGUCGGCUCCUGACAUGUGGCCUGCAACCCAUUUCCACUGCCUAGUUUUGCUUUCGCCGGGUCCAAUUGCUUUCAGGCUUGCUGCACUUUGCAGAGGUGGCGGCCGCCCCUGCUGCCUUUCAGCACUGGGCUGGGGGCUCCCUCCCCACCCCUGAGAUGCUGAGUUGGCUUCCUGGAGACUGCAACCACAAGCCAGAAAACAAGAGCAAGAGAGUCUUGUGUGGGACAGACAGAGAACGAGCGAAAGAGCCUGGUUUUGGCCCUCCCUUCCCAGCUUAUAAUGCGAUCACGCUGCAGCCUGUGCCAGUGACAGUGAUGGACGUGCUGUGGGUAUCCCUGGUGGCUCUUUUCCUGAUGACGCCCAGACAAGUCCAGACAAAUACAAUGUCCCCUGCCAUCCCCUGGAACAUCAUACAUGGCGGACAAGGGAACAUGUCUGCAGAGCCAGGCCUCUCGGGAGAGGAAUCCAUCCGUUUGGUGAAUGGCAGCAGUCGCUGCAGUGGUGCUGUGGAGGUCCAUCAUCAUGGGCAGUGGAUGCCAGUCUGCCAGAAAAUGUGGGACAAGGAGGCCUCCCAUGUGGUCUGCAGACAGCUGCACUGUGGGGAGGCAAAGGAGACAGCAGCUAGACCCACCCCCAGCCCUGUGUGCCCACCCAGGUCAGCACCCACAAAGGAAGCCACCCUGUCCUCUCAGAGCCUCUGCCCUUCCGUGCACAUCCACUGCAUGGGUCUGGAGAGCACAUGGAAGCAGUGCAAUGUGUCAGAGCUGUGCUGUGGUGAGAAGCCGGCCAGUGUCACCUGCACAGGUUCCCAUUCUGUGCGCCUGGUUGGCGGGAACAGUUGCUGUGAGGGCCGUGUGGAGGUUGAGACAGACGGUAUCUGGGGCACAGUGUGCGACGACGCCUGGGACCUGGAUGACGCUGGGGUGGUAUGUCAGCAGCUGAGGUGCGGCUGGGCCGUCCAGGCUCCAGUGGCCUCCUUCUUCCGUAAAGGGACAGGCCCCAUCCACCUGGAUGAGGUGAGCUGUGCUGGGAACGAAUCCUACCUGUGGGACUGUCCAGCUGAGUGGAGCCAUGACUGCGGCCAUAAGGAAGAUGCCGGUGUGGUGUGCUCAGAGCACCAGGAGUGGCGCCUGUCAGGGGGCAGGGACGCCUGCGCUGGCCGCGUAGAAGCUUAUUACCGGGGCGUGUGGAACAUGGUGUGCGAUGGGACCUGGUACAAGGAGGAGAUGGACGUGCUGUGCCAGUGGCUGGGUUGUGGCCCUUCUGACCAGAAGCUGAGCUUCAACCACACACAGGAGGGCAGGAUGAGCUACCUGUGCUCAGGGACUGAGGCCUCACUGUCCUGGUGCCAAUGGCACUACAACAACUUGAAUCUGUGCCACCAGUCCCAGGCUGCCGGCGUGAUCUGCAAUGGCUCGCUGGGCUUGCUGAACACGUCUGCCGUGCCCCCCCUGGAGAUGACGACUCCAGACACCAGGAGAAGCACAGCUGAGCCACUAUGCUGGGAAGCCAAGGCCCUCUCGAACUGGACUCUCCUCCUCCUCUGUGUCGUCCUGAGCCUUCUCCUCUUGGUCACCGUGCUGGCCUUCACCACCGCCCUUCUGAGGAUGAGGAGGAAACACGCCCACACCGUGUCCUCUUCCUCAUUAGCCGCCCCGGUCCUGGUGAAUCAUAGCAUGCAGGACACAGAGAUGCCUGAAGGGGGUGCCAAUGACUACAGAAAAGUGCCCCCCAAAGCAGAAGCAGAGCCGCUGGCCGUGCUCGCUCCUGGCUCCGAGGACUCCGAUUCCGACUAUGAACACUAUGAUUUCAGCAGCAAGCCGCCCGUGGCGCUCUCCACCUUCUACAAUUCACUUCGGCACCGAGAAGCAGACGAGACCCUCCCUGCGAGCGGCUUCCCCCCAGCACCUGGCCAGGAGGUGCUGAAUGAGGGCCUGGAGCCCUGGGGCCAGCCAGAGCAAAGGCCCUGCGAGGAGCCCCCCGCUGAGUCCAGCUCAUCCUCCGAGGACAACUACUACACCAAUGGCACCACCAGGCAGCAACAGUGGGGCAACCCAGCCCCUCCUCCCACCGGCAGCCUCUUAACUCCAGUGUCUCCUGCCCAGGGCAACAGUGGGUCCCAGCUCUCCUUCCAAGCAGGGCCCUCCGGAGCCGACAGCUCCAGCACCUCAUCCGGAGAAUGGUAUGAAAACUUCCACAGCACAGCACACCAGGGAGCCCAGCCAGGGAACACAACGGGCUGGCCUGCUGUCUCCCAGCCAUUGGAGAGCUGUGAGUCUGGGAGCGACAACUCAGAGGGCAGCGAUUACGAUGAUGUCCAAGGCUUGGCGUACUAGAGCAGGGGCAUCACUGCAAGUCUGUGCCUCCAGACCUUCCUCCUGCCUUCAACACAGAGGACAGCAAAUCAGUGGGUGAUAACUGAAUCUCACAUCCCUGCACUAAGUGUGUUUGAUUAGCACAAGUUCAGCUAUGGGGGGAAGGUUUGUCUGCGGGUCCCAGAACCAGCCCUGAAUGGACCAGCAUUUCCCAGUGCAGCCCCCAUGGGUCCGGAAGGGGCUACACUCCUCUACCCACUGGCAGCUCUGACCCUGAGAAAUUCACGGAGACCUUCCCAAGAACAUCACCUUCCCAGCCCACGUUCUCUGCUGAUUCCCAGCUAGCCCUGACCACUCAGGCCCAUGCGUGAACCCUUGGUGUCUGGGGGGUGUCCGGGACUCCAUCCUCAGUGCUCAGGACACAGGCCAAGCUCUCCAGGAUGGCUAUCAGGGCUGUGGGCUCUAUUCCCCGCCGGGAAAGGUGCUUGGACACACGGUGAUGGGUGCAGCACAGAGACCUAGCUGGAGCCCUAGGGAUGAUAAGCUGGAGGUCAGAAGUCCUAGGGGAGCAGCCAGACUGCUUGGCUCCCUUUGGAACAGUGACUUAGGGGGCUGGGUUCCAUCCUCUGUAUGUAGAUUCCCUGCAGCAAUAUCAGUCCCCAGUGAUUAGCCCGCAGACAGGAACUGGGGUGCUCAGAUUCAAUGCACAGGGGGUAGCUCCCCCAGGCCUCUG